AUGGCUCAGACACAACUGAAAGUGGAAAACAAGGCCGAGUCUAACUUUGAAGAAAAGGAAAUCAAAUCUGCGCUCAAGGGAAGCAAUUCCACAAUCACCUCGACCACUAAUUCCACUGCCUCAUCUCGCGUACAAUUUAGAAUAUUUGUAGGAUCGUAUGAGCACAACUUGUUGUGUCUCUCCGUGAUUCUAGAUCCUUCUGGAACCAAAGAACCCAUUUUCCAGCCAAUUUUCCAUUUCCAAGCUCAUGCGUUGUCGAUCAAGUCCAUGGACCUCGCCAAGAGAUAUUUAGUCACUGGAUCAAAUGAUGAGCAUAUAAGGAUUUAUGACUUGCAGAAAAGGAAGGAGCUAGGCACUUUGUUGAGCCACCAAGGUACAAUUACUGCAUUGAGAUUUUCAAGAGAGGCUACUGAGGAGGCAGAGAAUGCUUCUUCGGGAAGAUGGCUAUUGUCAGGAUCAGAAGAUGGGAAAAUCAUCAUUUGGAGAACCAAGGACUGGGAAAUUUUCGCUACAUUGAAAGGGCACACUGACAAAAUCAAUGACUUGAGCAUACAUCCUAGUGGGCGUGUUGCUAUUAGUGUAUCGCAAGACAAGACGAUCAGAUUGUGGAACUUGAUGACAGCCAAAAAGGCAGCCGUUUUGAAAAUAAAAGGUAAGGAUCAUUUAGGACAGCUGGGUGAAUUUGUUAAAUGGAGCCACACUGGUGACUACUUUGUCGUUGGGUUGCACAAUCAAGUCCUCUUGUACAAGACUUCUACUGCUAAAAUUGUGAAAAAAUACAAGUUCAAAUCAACAGUGAUGUGUAUUGACUUGUUAAAAAUUGAUGAUAAAGAGUGGUUGGUUAUCGGCUUUGGAGAUGGGUCAAUUGGAUUUUACGAUUUCGAAACCUUGUUGAACAAUAUUGGAGAUGACGCUGAAGACCAAGAGCAAAAAAUUUUGGACAACAAAGCUGAAGUUAUUGAGCCUAUUUUCACCCUCAGAGGCCACACCAAUCGUAUAAAAGGUAUUACUUUUAUGCAAAAUCAAGAUACACAGAACGUACCACUUUUGAUAUCGGUUUCGUCAGAUGGUAAGAUUGUGGUUUGGAACUUGACCUUGAAAGAUCAAGUUGCAGUUUACGAUACAGGGGAAAGGUUAAACUGUGUUGUGUGUGCACCGGAAAGUGUUGAGAAAGUUGAUACAAUGAAGAGAAGAUUUGGUUCAUUAGAUGAGUUGAAAGGGGAAGAGCAGCCCGAUGUUAGUGAGUCGGAAUAUGAAACAGAUGGUGAAGAAAUCAAAUCGAUUAUGAAAGGACCAACCAAAAAGGGAAAGAAAAAGAGUAAAAAGUCAAAGAAAAGAAAAGUCAAUGUUACUCUUGAGUAA